GGCACUCGGCUCGUACGCUACUUCAAUCGCUCCAAAUCGCGAUCGUAUCGUAGUGCUCUCACAGUGACUCAGUGCGUGUUUCCGAUUCGUAACACUCGCAUGACGGAAUACAUGUUAAGGAGAUGAACGGCACCACGACCACGGUGAAUGGUGGCGCUGUCAAUGGUACUAAUGGAACCCUAAAUGGGAUUGGAGCUGCUCCGCGGACUGCCACCCUCGGCACCCCGAGCAGCUACGCGUACACGUCAAGUGGAUCGCUUCUAGGCAGAGGCGGCUCCGCAAGACCUGUGCCGCCUCCGACUCUUCCUAAAUACAGUGGGUCCUUCAGUGCUGGCAGUACGGGUAGCCUUCGGGAGAGGGAUAGAGAAGGCACAGGUGGAUCCCACCGUUUGGCCAGCCUGGAACGAUUGGCCCUGAGGCAGCGUAUAAUCGAACAAAAUGCAAACAAUCAGGUGACGGCCGGCUUACUCCUCAACAAUAAUGCACCGAACGGGCCCACCUCAGCCACCGUCACCCUCACCGACACGGCUACGUUACAAAGUAAACGCGAGCUGUUUUUCAAGUCAGACACUGUGAGCGGCGCGUCGGGCCCGCCAAGCUCGGCGCCGCCAGCGCCGCCGCUCGCGCCCUCCGCGCUCAAAGACUCGCUCGCCAAGCGCUCGGCCACGCUGCCCGACAACCACGAGAACCAUCACGAGGCCAACGGCGCCCCGCCGUCCGCCAAGCUGAGCAACAGCGUGUCUAUAGACUCCGCUAAGUCAAAUGUGCCUCCAUCUGCACCGCCUCCUGUACCCACCACGGCGCCGCCGACCGGCCCUGUGCCACUCAGGAGUACAGAGAAUAUAAUCAAGAAAACUGACCACCCUCCGGUUGCGCCAAAACCAGACCUACCUAAAUUAGAAAAACCAAAAACCAAAGAACUAGAUGGAUAUGUUGGAUUUGCGAAUCUACCAAAUCAAGUGUACAGAAAAGCAGUCAAAAAAGGUUUCGAGUUCACAUUGAUGGUUGUAGGUGAGACGGGGCUCGGAAAGUCGACACUGAUCAACUCGUUGUUCCUAACCGAUGUGUACGAUAAGGACAAGCACCCGGGGCCGUCACUCCGCGUCAAGAAGACCGUGGGCGUGGAGACCAGCGUCGUCAUCCUCAAGGAGAAUGGAGUCAACCUCACGCUCACCAUCGUGGACACGCCGGGCUUUGGAGAUGCGGUCGACAACAGCAAUUGUUGGCAACCGAUAAUCGACUUCGUAGAAUCGAAAUACGAAGAAUUCCUAAACGCAGAGUCCCGAGUCACACGGAAAGCGGCGCCGGCAGACACUCGCGUACACUGCUGUCUGUACUUCAUCGCGCCCAGCGGGCACGGACUGAAGCCUCUGGAUGUUGAGUUUAUGCAGAGGCUGGGCGAUAAGGUCAACAUCAUACCGGUCAUCGCGAAAGCUGACACCAUGACGCCUGAGGAAUGCAAAGACUUUAAAGAACAGAUAAUGAAAGAAAUCGCUCAACACAAGAUCAAGAUCUACGAAUUCCCCGAGAGCACAGGCGAGGAAGGCGAAGGCGCGGAGGCGGGCAAGCUACGCGCGCGCGUGCCCUUCGCCGUGGUGGGCGCCAACACCGUCAUCGAGCAGGACGGCAAGCGAGUCCGCGGCCGCAAGUACCCCUGGGGCGUGGCGGAAGUGGAGAACCUCGAGCACUGCGACUUCCUGGCGCUGCGCAACAUGGUGAUCCGGACGCACCUGCAGGACCUGAAGGACGUGACGAGCUCCGUGCACUACGAGAACUACCGCUGCCGCAAGCUCGCCGGCCUCUCGCACGACGGCAAGCCGCACAGGAUCAACUCCAACAAGAAUCCUCUUGCUCAAAUGGAAGAAGAGAAGAGGGAACACGAUCUUAAGAUGAAGAAAAUGGAGAGUGAAAUGGAACAAGUGUUCGAGAUGAAGGUUCGCGAGAAGCGCGCCAAGCUGAAGGAGUCGGAGGCGGAGCUGGCGCGGCGCCACGAGGCCACGCGCCGCGCGCUCGAGGCGCAGGCGCGCGAGCUGGACGAGCGCCAGCGCGCGCUGCAGGCGGAGCGCGCCGCGUGGGAGCGGGAUACCGGCCUCUCGCUCGACGACCUGCGCCGGCGCUCACUCGAGGCCAACAGCAAAGAGACGGUCGACGGCAAAGACAAGAAGGACAAGAAAAAGAAAGAUUGGUCUUUUAAGGGUGUCACAUCCGGAAUAGCUAUAUAAUAUUGGUAACAACCCGAUAUGAGGCACCACAUGUAUUACGUGUAAGAAGUAGCUCUAUGAUUGUAGCAUAAUUGAACAACGAUUUAUUAAAGACUAUCUGCUGGGUGUAACCAUGAUAUAUCACUUUACAAACUGACACAGGUUUCUAUACGAGAUUACUUUUUGUAUGUAUUUUAUAAGUUUUUUCCAUGACAAAGCAUUUAUAUGAUAAGUGAGGCCUAAUUUUGUACGACUUGUGUUUCAAAGGAAUUUUGUAGAAUGAAUUUUACAAGGUGGUUUACUGUUUUGGAUCCGUUUUUAAAUUACUGUAUCAUUGACGAAAGUUUGCACAAACAGUUCUUUGACACAUUAUGAUUCGACAUUAACGUCCACGAAGAUGCCAAAUAGCUUGUAAUGGUCUGCGUAAGGCCUCGGUCUAUACAAUAUUGUAUUUAACAAGUAUUUUACGGGAGCUGUAUUAUCAAAUACAAGUAUAAACAUCGAUUUGACUUCUCAGCUCAAAAACUGUGUGACAUUAAGCUCUAGGCACUAAAAUCUUUACUGAUAAAUAUAGCAUAAUAAAAUUUACAAACGCUAGCUGUGAAGAGUUUUAUUUUCUGUUAUAUUUGUAAGUAGAGAAGUACUGUACGUACUGUAGACGUAUGAGAUAUAAAUAAAAAUUAGAACACCAUUCUAAAUCUUAACGAUAAAUUAUAUAAAAAUAAUUUUUACUUCGUUUUCAAUACAUAUUUCAUACGAUUUCUGCUUAUUGGAGUGAGGAAGCGCGCUCAAGCGCUCUCGGCUUAGUGAUAUGGAUCAUGCUCAUAGCUCAGUUGUGACAUAGACUCAAUAAUAGCUAGGUGUUAGUGUUUCAAAUAUUUGUAACGGAAUGGAGUGAGGUUUGUUCACCAUUAAUAUUAUUAUAUUUGAUUACCGCGGACAUAAUACACUUUGUAUUUUAAAUCACCACUCAUAUCGUUAAAAUAUAUAAGUUAAUAAAUAUUUAGAUAAGACAUACGACACCUCGUUCUUUUUUGUUGAACUUCGAUAUACCUACAUGUAGAAUUUCUAUUUAUUGUGAUUAUAUUCUUUAAUGUAUUGCAUACUCGCAUUUAUUUAUGUAAAUAUUCUUGUUUUGUAGUCACUACACAUGGGACAUAAAGUAUAAUAUCAAGUUAUUCAAUAGGACUGGUGACUGCGAGUUACUAUUAUGAAACAAAUCCUUUUUGAGCGUUUGUUUCGAAUGGUCUUUACACAUUUUUAGAAGAUACAGCAGAUUUUGAUGGUGUUGCUGGUUAUCUCAUACAUGAUCUCUUCCAAGUAACCGGGAAUAUCAUAAAAAACCUAUAUUUUCAAAAAUGUGUACUAAAGUGAGGCGAAUAAACCUCUGAAAUGUUUCAGGGCGCUUAGACUAGUGGCUAAUCGUUUCCGCUCCGCAACAUAUCGCAAGUUAUUUCUAUCUAUCGCUCUUUCGUAUUAGUGCGUCAAAGAGAGAUACCUACCUACGAUACGCUACGGUGUGUGAACGAUGGGAAUCUUGUUUACGCAGCCUGACACGCAUAAUCGUUGAUCAGUAAUGCCAUGGUUUAAUUAUAUUUAAUUCCUAUAACGCAGUAUUGACUUCCGCAUUAAGUAAGGAGUUUAGUAGUAAGAUUAUGCUUAAUUUUGUAUUUUGUGUAGGGCCGCGGCCCACUUUACCAUACUGAUCAUUUGCUUAGUCAUAGCGAGGAUUUGUGAUGUAUGCGGGACGAAGUUCAGCCGGUGUAAUAUAUUGUACCUUUGAAUAAAAUAUAAAUAAAUACGUAAUAUAUAGGC